CUUCUCGUCACCUCUCUACUACCCGAUUUUGAGCAUUGCUAUUUCCUCACGACUCGCGCGACAGCAUAACCUUUUCAAUCCCACCCCGAAUCACUCAUCAAGACCAAUGCGCAGAUUAGUUCAGCGUCCAUGACUACCCUCGUGCAGACCCGUCAGCCACUACAAACACUGAGCAUGAGCAAUCAGUCUCAGCCUAAGCGUCGCAGAAGCUCGCGCCUUGCUUCAUACGACGAACAGGAUGGUGAUUUUCAUUUCACGCGAGGAUCCAAAAGAGCGAAGACGCAACAACCAGAACCCAUACCCGAGGAGGAACCAGCUCCAGCUCCCGCACAAGUACCGUUAGCUAGAAGAGGGAGGCCGAAACAAAAUAAAAUAGCCGAACCGCAGCCAGCUUCACCUGUUCAAAUAGUUCAACCGGCUCAACCAGCACCCAGGAGAAAUGCGAAGCGGAGGUCAAAUCUGAUAUCGUCCGAUCAAGAUGAGGUACAUACUUCACCGCCUCCGCCUCCGCCGCCCCAACAAAGGGCCACGAGGAAGAGAGGACGCCCGUCGGUGGAUAAAACCGAAAAGGAGCCAGUAAAAGCUACGAAUGGUGUCUCUAAGAAGCUUAAAGAGAAGGUGAAAGAAAAGCAAAAGGAAAAGGAAAAGGAAAAGGAGCGGAUAGAGGAAGAAGAAGAAGUAGUAGUGGUGCAAGAAGAAGCGGUACAAGAAAAAGCAAUCCAAUCGACUCCAGUGGACGAGCACAAGAAUAGAGGCAAUGCUUCCGAUUCUAAGAAGAUCGCGCUGCCGUUCAGCGAUACGCCCAUAAUGAAUCGCAACAAAGAGAUGCGGAGGAAGACGGGAGCUCGCAGGAGUAGUCUGGGCAUGCGUGGGAGAAGAGCAAGCUCCCUUAUAGAUAACGGCCACAGCGCAAUACCGCAUAAGGCGGUCGAUCCCGCCGAAUUCUACAAGCAUAUCGAAGCCGAGCUGAUGGAACCGCGCCGUAUGAAGCAACUCCUUACGUGGUGCGGAGAGCGAGCCCUGUCGGAGAAACCACCAUUAGGAUCCUUGAAUUCUAACGAGAUUCUUGGAGCCCGAGCGAUCCAGGACCAACUACUAAAAGACUUUUCUUCAAAAUCCGAAUUCUCAGACUGGUUUUCACGGGAGGAAGUACCGCGACCACCGGCAAUAGUGAAGCCGAAUCCGCGGAAUAUCGAACACGAGGAGAAAAUAGUGGCGUUAGAAGAGAGGAUAAAACGAUUAAAAGCAGAAAAGCGAGCAUGGCAAUCCUUAAAACAACCACCACCAGAACUACCACCACUAUUCCCGCCAUCCUCAUCCUCAUCAUCAGAUCCAAACGCCGCACAAUUACCGUUACCCGACGCCUCGCUCCUCGACUCCGACGAGGCCCAGAUGCUAGCCGCGCUCACGGACCCGUCGAUGGCGCUCAAGCCGCCGAAGAUCCAGUCCCGGCUCCAGGUGCUCCAGAGCUCGCUCGACUUCCGGAUCGACCACCUGGCGGACAACGUGCAGAAGCUGGAACACCACGUGCGCACGGGCGGGGCCCAGGCCGACCGGGUGCUGGCGCUCAGCGCGGCGAGGCUGAAGGAAAGAGAGGAGAGGGAGAGGGCGAGCGCGGGGACCAAGGAUAUGCCGGUCAUGGAGGUGCUGCGGAGUCUGGGCAGGAUAUUACCGCCGGAGAGCGGCGGUGGCGGUUAAAAAAAGCAAAAUAAAAUAUCGUGGGUCGACUUUAUGCCGUACAAGCGUGGGCGUAUAUAAAACGGCACGUGCGCGUGUAUGCGUGUAUGGAAAGAAAAGACAGUACAAAGAGAAGAAAAAAAAGAGAAAACCAAACAAGCAAACAGAGAUUACCUACCUAUCCACUUUUCAUGUCCCAUGGUCCGGGUUUUCUGUGAGAGGGUGUGCUGG